AUGGACCAUCGAGCUCCGCCGGGCCUGCGCUGGAGCUGCGCGGGGGGAAGAAGAAUCACGCUCCUCCCCUACCAUACCACGUGGCGCCUCCGCGUUUCGCUCGUCGAGCGUCUCACCCCACGCGCGUCGACACAUGAUGACGAGCUUGUCUCGUGCGUUCUACAGCAUCUCGCGAUGAUUGAGUCUACUCAGGAGCCAUCCCCCUCUCCCUCCUCCCCCCUCUCCCCCUCUCCCUCCUCCUCCCUCUCCCCCUCUCCCUCCUCCCCCCUCUCCCCCUCUCCCUCCUCCCCCCUCUCCCCCUCCUCCCCUCCUCUUCCUCUCCCCGCCUUCCCCCCCGCGUGUCCGUUCCCGCAGGACGAGCUCGUCGCGUGCGUUCUCCAGCAUCUCGCGGCGCGAGCGCGCUCCCCCGCCGACCUGGUCAACGCGUGGCUGACGUGUCGCCGCGUGUGCGCGCUGGGCGCCGAGCCGCACGUCCUGCGACGCGCGUCGCCCGCCGCCAUGGCGGUGGCGGCGCCGUCCUGGUCGGACGGCGCGCAUCGGUUUCUCAAACGAUGCGCCUCGGCGGGCAAAGUCGACGCGUGCUACUCGCUCGGCAUGAUCCAAUUCUACUGCCUAGAAGACCGUCGCGGCGGCGCGACGCUGCUCGCGCGCGCCGCGCUGGGCGGGCACGCGCACGCGCUGCACUCGCUCUCCGUGAUCCACUUCAACGGCAGCAGCGGCACGCGCCUCGACCGCGACCUGCUCGCGGGCGUGCUGCUGUGCGCGAAGGCCGCGGCGCAGGGCCACGUGGAGGCGCUUCGGGAGCUAGGGCACUGCCUGCAGGACGGGUAUGGGGUUCCGCGAAACGUGGCGGAGGGGCGGCGGCUUCUGCUCGAGGCGAACACGAGAGAGGCCGCUACAGUUGCUGCCGCUACAGCCGCCACAGCCGCUACAGCUGCUACAGAGGCUGCAGGUGCUGCUGGAGCCGCUGUUGCAGCACAAGCAGUUGCUGCACCCGCGCCUUGGCGUCCGGAGGCAACAGAAGCAGUCGCAACCGUAGCAACUGGAAGGAGGACAUUGGCAGGGGAAGCAUUCGCAGGAGGGACAGUCGCAGGGGAGACAGUCGGAGAGGGAGCAGUAGCAGGGGAAGCAGUUGCAAGAGUAGCACCUGGAACGCCCGAAGCCGUGGAAACUUGUAUGGUGUUGGCUACCGCUGCUGCUGCCUCCCCACAGUGA